GUCACUGCACAGGCGGCGCUAAACGUGAGCACAGAGCUCAGCUCGCCGGAGUUACUUUUGGCCACGAGAAAGACGACGAGUGCGGCUGACCAGAUCUAGGCUCGUGUUUGGACUGCCCUCCACUCAUCCAACCAGCAGCCUGGCAUCAGGUGGCACCCGAACUUCGCGCAGAAGAAUGAGAGACGAGAAUAGAGACUAGAGCUCAGCUCCCGAGCAGCAACGUGGCAGCAGGAGUCACCCCAAACAGCCUGGAGUGCCCGUUUCCCUGCAUUAUGACAGUGAGAGCUGAUUGUUAACAACUCAUUGCAGACAGGAUCUGGUGGACGCUGCAGUGUGGGUGAUGGCUGUUUCAUCAUGGUGCCCAAGUUCUGCCUUCCUCUACUUAUUGCUUUGGAUCUCUAUGGAGACUGAUUUACUACAGGGUCUGCGGAUCAUAUCUUGUAUUUUCUUUCCUUUGACCAACUUCAGUUGCACCUGGGAUGCAGAAGAAGGAGUGCACUUGGACAGCAACUUCACACUUAAUGUUACACAGGUUUUAGGGAGCUGUGGCGAGAAGUAUAUGGAAGCCCUCACCUGUCGGACCUCAUCUCCUCACAUGUCCUGCUCAGUAUUAGUGUACAGUCUGCAUUCCUAUUACAGGAUAUCAGUGAGCGCCGAGAGCAAGAUGGGCCACACUGAGUCUCCAUUCAUCUGUCUUCUGGGAAUCGAAGCAGUGAAGUUAUCUCCCCCCAGAAUAAAGAACAUCUCCUCUGCCUCUGGACAAAGCAACUGCCUACUUGUGGACUGGGAUCCACUGACCUACUCUCAAAUAUCAAAUUUGGCUCAUGCCACCUACGAGAUGGAAUAUCAGGCUGUAGACCAGGAGAACAGCCGGGUGCAGAAAACGGUGGUCCCUUUUGCCGUGGGGUAUACAACUCUGAAACCUGUAAAGCAGUGCAACUUCUCCGCUAACACAAAGUAUGCAAUCCGGCUGCGAAGCCGCUACAGGAGCAACAUGAGCCACUGGAGUGACUGGAGUGAAGAGAGGAUGGCUGAGACCCCUGAGUCAGCACCUUCUUUAGCCCCUCAGCUAUGGAGACAUAUAACUCAUCAUGAUCCAUCUGGAAACAGGAGAGUCCUUCUUCUGUGGAAGCCUCUGCAGAGACAGCACGAGAAUGGCAGGAUCUUGGGUUUUCGCCUUUCCUACUUACGUGAAGGAGGGACAGAGAGAGCCUUCUUUCCAGGUUGCAGCUCCAGUGACUCUCUGUCUACCUCAUGUACCGUUGAUUUGCCUGCUGAGGCCUACACAAUCUUUCUUAAAGCAUACAACCAUAAGGGGGAGUCUCCAGAGGCCACUAUCACUAUUCCUGCCUUCAACCAAACAGAUCUCCCUGCACCCCUGGCUGUUACGGUGUCCUCUGCAAGUGAUCACAGCCUUCUCAUCUGGUGGGCACCUUCGAAAGACCCCUCUGUGACUGGCUAUGUACUUGAAUGGUGUGUUGUGUCACAGAACAUUACUUGCCGCGCCAGCUGGCAGCGACUAAGUUGGCAGACAACAGAAACAGUCAUUACAGAAAAUAUCGAGCCGGAGCGUAUGUACAAUGUCUCUGUGUAUAUCCUCUACAAUGCUGUGGCUGGACAACCCUUUUCUCAGCAAGGAUACUCCAGACAAGGAGCACCAUCUUGUGGUCCAACAUUAACACCACUAGCUGCUAAGACAUCGGGUGUUUACUUGACAUGGAAGCCUCUCCCACUGGACGAGCGUCGAGGUUUUAUCCGCAACUACAAAAUUGUCUACAGCAGCAAGGACAGCAAUCUCUCAUCAAUUAUGGUGAACAGCUCUGUUCAUAGCCUUCUGCUUAAAGGACUGUUUCCGAAUAAGGUGUACACUUUCUUUGCUGAGGCGAUUACAGAUGGAGGGAGCACUUCAGGGCCAAGUCUUUUGGUUAAGAUUGAUGUUAAUGAUGAACAAUGGACAGUGCUAUUUCCCAUUCUGCUGACUGUGACUCUACUGCUGCUCAUGAUUGGAAUAUUGACCUGUGUGCAGAAGAUGGAGAUCCUACAGAAGCUCCUCUGGCCACCAGUGCCAGAUCCAGGCCACAGCAGCUUGGCCCAUUGGAUGCCCAAGAUCUUUUUGGAUUUAGGUGGGCCUCAAGAGCAGUAUAGCCUUAAAGCGGAGACAGAUGUUUCUGUGAACCACAAGGACAUCAGUGGCACCAUUCAACUGCUGGCAGGUGACAAAUUUAAUGUGGACCUUCUGGGAGGUCAUUUCAAAGCUGGCCUCAGUGGUGAAGGCUCCAGAAUGCAAAGUGAUGUCUACCCAACUGCUAUCAACUGCAUCUCUGAGCAAGGCUUGUGUCCCACCUCCAUCAUCUUUGGAGACCACUGUGACGAGGGCAAAAGGCCAGCUAUCACAGAACAAGUCGAGUACUCUGCCAUUAUAGCUAAUGGCUACAUGGGAUUAGCAGGCAGCCCAAAUCCAGCAGUCCACGUCCCGCUGCUUCCCAGCUUGGGAACAGAAAAUGCCGGAGUCCUGGGAUAGCACCACGCUACCUACAGCACUGUCCUUCACAAUUAAGUAU